UACUUUGCUCCCCUUUAGUAUUUCCUUUCCCCUCCUUCCUAGUUCUAUUCGCGUUCUGGAGGCCUAGAUCUGAUAUUUACCCAAAGUCGUCGUCGUCGCUCAUCGCUUUCCUUUUGCCAGCCAGCCACCGCUGCUAUCAUGGAAGUGUUUCAUGUGCUGACGAUGCCCAGAGUGCCCUAGUCUUGUCAAAAUCUAUGUUGGUCCAAGUUUGAUCUGCUAUAUGCCGUCAUGCGCAUAUGCUUAUGAAUUCGUCUUUGCUCGGUUGUGUCCUCUGUUUUUAAUAGAAAGUUUUGUUUGACACUAUUUGGUGUUACAGGAUCGCGGUGCGAUGCGUGCUAGAAAUGUUUGUGUGGCUUCUGUGGACUUGUUCAGCCAAAACAGCGCAGUUGCUACUGCUGCGAGAGAGGAUGGGAUACAAUGUGUGACGCUCCUCACCUACCUCGCCGCCGCACAGAUCUACAGGACGAAUAGGUCUCGGCACUAUCGUGUUAUGGUCCUCGAUAAUGCUCACCAUUCCACACCCGCAGGGGUCUCCUGUUCUGCUGCUGAUGGCGUGCGUGACCUAGAUCUGGCGAAGGCGUCCGUGGAUACAGACAGCUCCACACACAAGAAGCAUGUAGCUAGCGAUCUCCUAGAGCAAAAUCAACUCACUCUCCUCAACAUUUGGGUACGCCUUGGUCAUGAUAGCAACACUGCUAGCCAGGAAGCAAAGUACUUAGAGGGGGACUCAUCAAAGAAAUUAGACAUUCGCAAGCUAUCCAAGCUAUUCCAGCUUGUGUAAGGAUAUGAUAUAUAAUUAGCAGGACUGCCCCCUAUAUGUACCGACGUUCAUCGCACUGCUGCUUGCACUUGAACCCUAGAAACUUAAAAUUAGGUACCAGCUGGAUAGGAACUGCUUUGCUCUGGACACGGUAGCUGUUUGGACUUUGAAAUUUUGAAACUUUUUAUUCGGAAAUGAUGUAACAUGACAUUCGUAUUAUCAGAGUAAUGCUUCAGUCCAUUAGGUGUUUAGAUUGUGACAUUUAGCUACACUUUUCUGAGGCUUAAUGAUGGAACAUUUUCUAUAGGAGAUUUAUGUCUUACUUUCACAAAAUUAUUUUAAAUUAAGUGAACUCAGUUAUCCAGUUGUUGAUCACAUUUCUUUGGCUUCCUAUUUGGAUGUUUUAACAUUUCCAAUUUUUUGAUGCUUAUGUGCACUGGGUGGUACCCUCUAAUCUAGGUUUCCUGCCUGCUGCCAGCCUGUUUAGAGCUUAGCAAUUUUUACUAGGAUCUAAAUUCUUUGGAAUUGAUA